UCCAGAAUAUUAAUAUUACCUCUGAUGAACUUGGUUCUUCCUCAACUAAUUUUGACAUUAUCGUUUCAAAUGACUUCAACGUUGCUUUUGAUAAUCUUUACAGCACUAUUUCUAAUGAUUUUGAUGCUAUUGCUUCUGAUGCUUUUAAUGAUUCUAGUACUACCACUCUUGGUGCUUUUAAUAAUUCUGAUACCAUCACUCGUGAUAUGUUUAAUAACUCUGUUACUAUUGCUCCUGAUGUUUCUAAUAUCAGCACAGAUGACAUUGGCGAUAUUGUUUCCGAUGAUCUUAGUGCAAUUAUUCCUGAUUCUAAUAGUAUUUCUUAUAAUAAAAGCGAGUAUGAUGUUCGGGAUAAUAACGAUUUAGAUGUAAUGAUAUAUGAUCUGGAUGAA